AGGCCGUGGCUCAAAACGGUGGGAUCUUUUUCCCGUAGGUCGGCCAGGCGGCGAGUGCCACUGUCAUGAAGCUAAAACGUUUCCUCCUUAGAUACUACCCGCCUGGCAUCGUUUUGGAGUACCAGCGCAGAAAUGGAGACUUAGAGACCAAGUCCAUUGACUUGCUCAAUCUGACUCCGGAGACGGAUGUGGAGGUGCUCAUUAACCAAAUCGUGUUUGAAGAGCCCUUGAUAUCUGAGAACAAAAAGGAUACGCUACGGGGGAUGAUCUACAAGCUCAUGGAGAAGAUUGACAACAAGGAUUCUCAACGCUUCUACUUGUUCAAGAUCCUCCGUGCGCACAUCCUUCCAUUGACCAACUGUGCCUUUAACAAGUCGGGCUCCAAGUUCAUCACCGGCUCCUAUGACCGGACUUGCCGUGUCUGGGAUACGCUGAGCGGGGAAGAGCUCCUCACCUUAGAUGGCCACAAGAACGUGGUCUAUGCGAUUGCCUUUAACAAUCCCUUCGGAGACAAGAUUGUCACCGGCAGCUUCGAUAAGACGGCGAGGCUGUGGGAUGCCAACACUGGCCAGUGCCUCCACACGCUAAAAGGUCAUCAUACAGAGAUUGUCUGUGUAGCCUUCAAUAUACAGGGCACGCAUGUGGCCACCGGCAGCAUGGACAAUACCGCCAAGCUCUGGGAUGUGGACACCGGUCAGCAGAUUGCGUCCCUAGAAGGCCAUUCUGCCGAGAUCGUUUCACUGAACUUCAACACGGAUGGCGACAAGAUUCUCACCGGCUCCUUCGACAACACUGCGAAGGUGUGGGAAGUCCGAAGUGGGCAAUGUCUCCACACACUGGCUGGACACAGAGGGGAGAUCUCCUCGACUCAGUUCGAUUUUACCGGUGACUACUGCAUCACUGGAAGUAUCGACCGGACGUGCAAGUUGUGGGACGUCAACAACGGCCAAUGCAUGGAGACUCUCCGGGGCCACACCGACGAGGUGCUGGAUGUGUGCUUUAACACCACCGGCAAUCGCCUUGUCACGGCCUCUGCGGACUGCACGGCCCGCGUCUACAACGUGAUGACGGGUGCCUGCAUCUCAAUCCUCAUAGGACACGAGGGCGAGAUCUCCAAGGUGCAAUUUAGCCCCAACGGCUACAAGAUUAUCACAGCGUCCAGCGACAGGACGUGUCGGCUGUGGUCAGUAGAAACAGGCGAAUGCCUGCAGGUCUUGGAAGGACACAGUGAUGAGAUCUUCUCGUGCGCCUUCAACUACGAAGGCGACACGGUGAUCACCGGGUCCAAGGACAACACCUGCCGGAUCUGGAAAGACAACUUUUUCACUCCAGCCGAGGAAGAGGAUCAGUAUGAAGACUGACCCAGAACCCGGUCGUUAGAGCCCGCGGACGCCCAACUGUGUCGCGGGUAGUGAAAAUGCACGGCCUGCGCUACGGCAGAGAAGCCCGGUGCGCGGCCAAAGAAAGAAGAACAAACUGCUCCCUGUUUGAACCGAAUCGCCUUGUGAAACAC